AUGUCUUCGUUAAGCGAACGUGAUAUAAAUGCAUUGAAAGAUGCUAUAGAUUUGUAUGAUACUAUGGGUGAUGGAAAAGUUGAUUCUAGUGCUUUAGCUGAUAUCCUACGAGCGAUCGGUGAGAAUCCUACAGAAAGCGAAGUUCAGAAAUUUCUUGUUCAACUUGAUCCUUCUGGAAACAAGCGUAUAACCCACGAAGAUCUUAUACCAAUUGCACUUUCUUGCAAGCAAAAAUCGAGGAAAGUUAAACCUCAAGAAUUCGUUGAAUGCCUCCGUGUUUUCGAUAAGGAUUGCUCUGGGAAUAUCAGUUGUGCUGAACAUCGACAAGUUUUGACUACAUUAGGAGAUAAAUUGACCAUUGAAGACGUCGACAUGUUGACAAGUGGUUUGGAACAGAAAGGACAAGUGAAUUACGAAGAAUUUGUGCGAAGUGUCAUGUCUGGUUGA